AUGGCUCUCCUGCCAGCCUGGUCUGUCGCUGCAUCAUGGGGAGCCAUCGCCCUCCUGGCCUUUUCGCCCUUGUCAGCUCUUGCCGCUGACAAGUCCGCUGCCGAUUACUACGUUCGCGACCUUCCUGGUCUUCCUAAACAUGGUGUCCCCAUCAAGAUGCACGCUGGGCAUGUCGAGAUUUCCCAUGAAACCAAUGCCAACUUUUUCUUCUGGCAUUUCCAAAACAACCACAUCGCGAACCGACAAAGAACUGUCAUAUGGUUGAAUGGUGGCCCGGGAUGUAGCUCCGAGGAUGGAGCCCUGAUGGAAGUCGGGCCCUACAGAGUCAACCAUGACAUGAAUCUGACCCUCAACAAUGGCUCGUGGAACGAAUUCGCGAACCUUCUUUUUGUCGACAAUCCCGUGGGAACCGGCUUCAGCUAUGUUAAUACAAACCACUAUGUCCACCAGCUGUCCGAGAUGGCCAACCAAUUCGUCAUGUUUUUGGACAAGUUUUUCAAAAUAUUUCCAGAGUAUGAGCACGAUGAUAUCUACCUCGCUGGCGAAUCCUUUGCAGGUCAACACAUCCCCUACAUUGCCAAAGCUAUCCUGGAUCGCAAUAGUAAGAAGGGGCCGUCCGGAAAAUGGAACCUGUCCGGGCUGCUCAUAGGCAAUGGAUGGAUCUCUCCCCCAGACCAGUCCGAUGCGUAUCUGAAGUUCAGUCUGCAGAGAGGUAUUAUAGAGAAAGGCUCGGAUAAGGCUCAGCAACUCCAAAACAUGCAGAGAAUCUGCGACAAGGACCUCGCGACGAAUCCUGGUCAUGUCGAAUACCCUCAGUGUGAAGACAUUCUCCGGCGAAUCCUUAAACUCACCAUGAAAGGCUCUGGAGAUCAGCAAUGCAUCAACAUGUACGAUGUACGACUCAAGGAUUCCGCGCCCUCGUGCGGUAUGAACUGGCCUCCAGAUCUGAAGAAUGUCGGUCCCUACUUGCGACAGCCAGCCGUCAGCCGCGCUCUCAACCUCGACCAGCAACUAAAUACGGGAUGGCAGGAAUGCAAUAGCCGCGUCGGGACUGCUAUGAGGGGCAGCAACUCGACAGCCUCGGUUCACCUUUUGCCAGAAAUCCUCAAGCAAGUUCCCAUCCUCCUCUUCUCCGGCGCCGAAGAUCUAAUCUGCAACCACAUCGGCACGGAGCAGCUCAUCGCCAGGCUGGAGUGGAACGGAGGUAGAGGAUUUGAACUUGCGCCAGGAAACUGGGCUCCUAGGAGGCAAUGGACCUUUGAGGGCGAGAAUGCGGGUUUCUGGCAGGAAGCGCGCAACCUCACCUAUGUCUUGUACUACAAUGCGUCUCACAUGGUUGCUUUUGACCAUGCUCGCCGCACCAGAGACAUGUUGGACCGUUUCAUGAACGUCGACAUCAGCAACAUUGGCGGCGAGCCCUCGGACAGCCGUAUCGAUGGCGAAAAGGGGCCCGAUACUUCGGUCGGUGGAGCAACAAACAACACCCAUCAUCACCAGGAGGAGACCAAGAAAAAGUUGGAAAACGCCAAGUGGCGUGCCUAUCAACGGUCCGGCGAGGUUGUGCUGGGCAUCGUCAUCAUUGCUGCCGUAGCGUGGGGCGUCUUCAUCUGGCGUCAGAGGCGCAAGGGUGCUGCGUACUCUGCUCUGCGAAGCGAUGACGCCGCCGGCCAGUCAAGGGCCGGCCUCUCUGCUUACCAUGACCGCCGCCACCGCAACGGGGAUCUUGAGGCUGCUGCAUUUGAUGAAGCCGCCAUUGAUAACAUUCCACUACAAGAUUCACUCGGUCCCGGGGAGGGCAAGUACAGCAUCGGUGGUGAUAGUGAUGAGGAAGAGGAGGAACCUGCCAAGAAGGGCUAUAAUCACGGCCAAUAG